GGACGCGCCGGAAGUCUCGGGGAGCGCUCAGCUGGGGUCCGCCGGCCGCGGCUGACAGUUGGCCGGGCUUGGGCCAGUUCCAGCCUCAUGCAACCACCAUGUCGCCAGUUUUUUGUGUGCCAAUUUCACGGCGCUGCCCAAGCGGAGCUGCUAUCUGAAUUCUCUGUGGAUGUGGCAAAGGGGAAUGUACGCUAAAGCCUCCAGCAUGGACUUCCUGGUUCUCUUCUUAGUCUACUUGGCCUUCUUAUUGGUCUGUGUCGUCAUGAUCUGCAUCUUCACAAAAAGCCAGCGUUUGAAAGCCGUGGUCCUGGGAGGCGCACAGGUGUGCUCCUGUGUGAUCCCACAGUGCCUCCAGAGGGCCGCGCGGACACUUCUUCAUCAGCUCUUCCACACACGGAAUUUCCACCCCGCCUUCAUCGUCUUGCACCUGCUCUUGCAAGGGCUCGUCUAUGCGGAAUACACGUGCGAGGUCUUCGGCUACUGCUGGGAGCUGGAGUUCUCUCUGCCUUGCCUUCUCCUGCCCUAUCUGCUGCUGAGUGUGAAUCUGGUGUUCUUCACGCUGACCUGUGCCACCAAUCCUGGCACCAUCACUAAAGCAAACGAAUCAUUACUUCUGCAAGUCUAUAAAUUCGAUGAUGUGAUGUUUCCAAAGAACUCGAGGUGCUCCACUUGCAGUUUAAGGAAGCCAGCCCGCUCCAAGCACUGCAGGGUGUGUGACCGCUGUGUGCACCGUUUCGACCAUCACUGUGUGUGGGUGAACAACUGCAUCGGGGCCUGGAACACCAGGUACUUCCUCGUCUACCUCCUCACGCUGACGGCGGCUGCAGCCACCAUAGCCGUCCUGAGUGCUGCCUUUCUGCUCCACCUAGUGGCAGUGUCCGAUCUCUACCAGGAAACUUACCUCGAUGACUGGGGGCAUUUCCAGGCCGCGGACACUGUCUUUCUUGUUCAGCACCUGUUCCUGGCUUUUCCACGGAUUGUCUUCCUGCUGGGAUUUGUCAUUGUUCUGAGCCUGCUCCUGGCUGGCUACUUGUGCUUUGCUCUGUACCUGGCUGCCACCAACCAGACCACAAAUGAGUGGUAUAAAGGCGACUGGACCUGGUGCCGGCACUGGCCUCUGACGGCCGGGGCUCCCCCAGCCGAGCCCCAGACCCACCAGAACAUUCACUCCCACGGCUUUUGGGGCAACCUUCGAGAGAUCUUUCUACCUGCCGUCCCCAGUUACAAGGAAAAGAAGACAUAGAACGGGAAGUGUCCUGCUUUUGAAUACAGCACACGUCUGUUUGUCCA